AUGUCAAAACGAAAACAUUCAAAUAUUAACCUUUGGGUUAAUACUGAUAUGUCUCGACUUGAUCAAGAUGUUCAUGUUAUUCCAAUGGAAAGUGUUUUUCAACGUUUUCAUUCGAAUCAACACUUUGGUUUAUCAAGUCCUUUUGUACAUGAUGCUCAACUAAAUUAUGGUACCAAUCAGAUUACACCACCUCGAUCACAGAAUUAUUUUUGGUUGUUAUUUCAACAACUAUUCAUGGGUUUUAAUUUAAUUCUUUGGCUUGGUGGUAUUCUUGCU